AUGCACGAUGAGUUCAUUCUCCUCGUCCUGUUCCCAAUCGUCCUUGGAUCCCAGAUCCCUCCCACCGUGGAUGUUGCAAUAGUGGGUGCUGGACUAUCUGGGAAAGUCGUUUGUCAUAUUCGAAGCUCGAAACUGAGUCGGGGAAUCGCAGAACUCGGCGCCCAGUUCAUGGGACCAACCCAGGAUCGAGUACUCGAUUUGGCACAAUCUCUGGGUCUAUCGACCUUCAAAACCUUCAAUGAAGGAAAUACCUCCCAUGGAAUGGUGGCCGAAAUAGAUUUCAAUGCUCCCUGGAACCAUUCGCGGUCGACCGAGUGGGAUAUCGAGACGGUUCAAAGCUGGCUGAAUCGUGUAGCGCCGCAUCCUGAGGCUCAGUUUCUGCUUCCCGAUGGGCUACAGUCGGUGUUCUCGACUGAGCCUCGGGAACAGUCAUGCCUACAUGUAGCCGGCGGAGCACAGAAGCAACGAAUUGUAGGAGAGACACAGCUGCUAGCCACCAAUCUUGCUGAAAGACUCGGGCUGAACAGUAUCAUCUUCAGUGCCUAUGUUCAAACAAUCGAGCUAAAGGGGGAGACAUACCUUGUCUCAUCGAGCAAUCAAUCUAUCUUGGCAAAGCAUGUGGUCGUCGCUAUAUCUCCUCUCUUCGCGCCCCGCAUUGCUUAUCAGCCAUCAUUGCCUGCAGCACGCGAUCAUCUUACCCAAUGUAUACCGGCGGGGUCCGUGGGGAAGGUCUACAUUCGUGCCGUACGAAUAACCCUCGAUAGCUCGCAUAAUGAUGGCUCGUUCGGCGCUAUGAUGGGCUCUAUUGAAGCGGACGGGAUGAGAAGACUAGACCGUCUGUCUGAGACUGAGAUAAUUAAGGAGAUUACAGACGACUCCAUUCUCUAUUUCGGACCCAAAGUGGCUGACGUCCCGGUUGCAUAUACGCCUCCCGGCGUGCUCACGGCGGACGGUACCUCAUUAAAGGCACAACACGGUAGGCUCCAUUUUGCGGGAACAGAGACCGCUUCAUGUUGGACCGGCUUUAUGGACGGUGCGAUUCGAUUUGGAGAACGCGCUGCUGCAGAGUUUUUGAAGAACUUUUAA